AUGAGUUUUUUCAAGGGUGGAAAUAGCAUUUCUACCCGCGAGCUUGCGGAAAAAUGCGAAUUACAAGAAGCACAGUUGAAAAAGACAAAGACUAGGCUUGCGAACCUAGUUGCUGCUUACAAGACACUUCAGGAUGAAAAGAACACCCUUGAAGAAAGCCUAGCAGCUCUUGCUUCCUCUCCGGAACCAGCCAAGUCUGAAACUGAUCCGGAAUCGACCGAGAAUGGCGAGUCAAAAGACUCCUCGGAGAACGAAAGUCAAUCCGACUCUUCCUCAGCUGAUCAAGCAAAAAUCGCCCGUCUUACCUCUUCCCUCGCGCAAAUGAGCGCCGAAAGGACGAAAAUGCAGGAAACUUUCCAGAACGACCGGAAGAAGAUGAAGCAAGAAUUUGAGGAGCGAUUUUCGAAGCUGGAAAAAGAUCAUGAAACUGCCGUUAGCGAGAGAAAACGCUAUCUUGAAGAGCUGAACGAGUACAAAAGCAGCACUAAGGAGAGGAUUCUUGCGAUGGAGGCGGAGACGAAUGCUUCGAAAAUUACAAACAGAGAGCUACAAAAGCAACUUAACUCCGAGCGCAAGAAAUCCGACGAUUUCAAGCAAAAUAUCGCAACUCUGAAAGAAGAGCUGAAAAACUUGCAAAAGCGCUCUGAGGAAAAAUCGAAGCAACAGGCUUCUGAAUCCAACGAGAAUCUGACCAAGCAGUUCGACGAAAAACUAGAACAAGCGAAAAAGAAACUUGCGGAGAAAAACGGAGAAAUAAAAAAUAUCAAAACUCGCGCAAAUGACAAAAUUUCCGAACUCACGCAAAGUAAUUCUUCGCUGCAAAAAACAGUUGACGAGCUUCGGGAAAAAUUGAAGUCGACGGUGGAGGCAAAUGAGACAAAAGUUUCGGAACUCGAAGAUAGAAUUACUGGAGUGACGAAUCUUUGCUCAGAGCUUGAAAGGGAAAAGUCGGUGGAAGUUCAGAAGACUCUUGCACAAAAAGAACUCAUUGAACAGCUGCGCGAAUCCCAAGCCCUAACCUCGACAAACACAUCAAAAGACUCGGUCCAAGAUGAGAAGCAAGACUACUUCCGUUUAUUUAUCCAGGCGCAGGACGACAUCAAACAGCUGUCACUCGAGCUCGAAGAAACGAAAAUCAAGCUCGUAAAAAAGGAUGAAGAGGAAAAAUCAGCGCCAAAGGCUCAGCCGGUCGGAUUCGCGGAUGAGCUGAAAGACGAGAUCAAAAGUCUCAAGGCGACGCUUAUCACCGUCAGGAGGGAGAAAGAAAAGCUCAAGCAGCAAAUCGACGCGAACAACGAAGAGCACAGGAUGAAACUAGAAUCAGUGAAGAUUUCAGCGGAUCAGCAAAAAAUCGACUCCGAAAACCGCGCCAACGAAAAAAUCGCCGAAUUCGAAGCCGAACUCGCCCAAAUGCGAGAACGAAGUCAGAAGAUUCUGGCUGACAAGGAUAACGAAAUCGAAAUCCUGAGAAAACAAAAUGACGGAGCUGAAAAAGAGCAGCCAGAUUCGGUUGGUCAAUUGAUGCAAAAUGGGGAUGCUAAUAUUGAUACUGCCUUGAUUAUGUACGCCGAACAGUUAGCCCGAAAAGACGUAGAAAUCAACACCCAUCGGAGCCGUCGAAACGAGCUAGAAUCGCGCAUCCGCGGUCUCCAAGAAAAACUCGCCGAGUCCCAAGAAGAAGUUCAUUCUUUCAAAGAAAAGAUUCAAGCCCAAGAGCGUGACGACUCGCCUGCUUCCAAGGAGUACAUGAGAAACUUGACGAAAUUCAAAGUUCUUAAAUGCAUCUUCAAAAGAAUGAGUCUGUACCAAGAAGUUCGACUUCAUGAAAACGCCCGUGACCGCGAAGAAAUCGAAAACCAGGCAGAAUUGUAUUCAAUAAUCAAGACUCUGCAAGAGCUCGAAAAGGCGAAUAUCAAGGAUGCAAUCAGCACGAAAGAGUACGAGAAUCAGUGCUCAAGGCUCUUAGUGCAGUACAAAACUGCUCUUCCGCAGUCUGAGAUAACAUCUGUGGAAGAGUUUGUGCAAAAAUACCGUCUCGAUUGUCGCUUGGCAAUGGCGAGAAUCAAGGAAGACAGACCGAUUACGAACAGGGACAAUAAAGGAAACCAAAAUGUGCUCAUCGCCGACGUUAUUGCUGGCUUUAUCUCGCUGCAAGAUCGAAUUCACUUGGAAAACUACUCGAAAGACAGUCUUUAUCCGGAACUCCGCGAGCUCGUUGUCAAUCUCGAUCGAAUGACGGACGUGCCUGAGGGAAUUAAAGAAUCGCAGAAAUCCUGGGAGGCUGAGCUUCGACCCAUGGCUGCGUCAGAUGAAAUCACAGAAGAACAAGCUCGCCAGAUGCUCUUCGAUCUGGAACAAAGCUACAACGCAUUCCGCCAAUUUCUCGAUUAA